AGGUGGAGAGCUGGGGGGGUUCGUGUCUGGGGGUUUCGGUGCUUCGUAUCGGGGUUUUGGCGAGCAGAGCCGACGCCCCGCCUGCUGGAUCAACCAGGAGCCGCCGCCAUUACAGCCGAUGCUAGCUAGCCGUUAGCACCAGCUAAGGCCUACAGGCACGAUGCAUUCACUUGCUCAGGAAAUCCAGGGCUUCUCCAAAAACCGCCUGAAGAAGCAGUCCACCCGCGUGACCACAGUGACAGGCAAGAAGUUGCUGGAAAGGAGGAGUGAUGGAUCAGAGGGAGAGGCUGUGCAGGUGGAGGAGCUGCAGGAUGACAGCGGAUGUGGAUUUGUAGAAGAUACCAGCCUUGAUCUUCAAGUCGGUGUGGUCAGACCCUUCCUGCUGCUUGCCUCUCAGGAUGCAGCCCACGACAUCGACACCCUGCAAAGAUUUAAGGUGUCCCACGUGCUCAAUGUGGCCUACGGAGUCCCCAACCUGUUCCCAGAUCAAAUGGUUUAUAGGACGCUUCAGAUCCUGGACCUGCCAGAAACAGACAUAACUUCACAUCUGGAGGAAUGCAGCUGCUUCAUAGAUCAGGCCAGAGCACAGGACGGUGUGGUGCUGGUCCACUGUAACGCUGGUGUGUCACGCUCCUCCUCCAUUGUGAUUGGUUACCUGAUGUUAAGGGAGGGGCUUUCAUUUGAUGACGCCUACAACCAGGUGAAGCUGGCAAGACCGUCGAUUCGACCAAACGCCGGCUUCUCUCAGCAGUUACAGAACUAUAAGCCUUAAAUGACAACCAACCAGCUGCUACUUUUAUAAUAGUCAUGUCUAAAAAGAGUGAUUUUAUUGUUUAUUGGCGAUAGAAACAUUACAGCUAGACUGAAAAACUCUUCAUGUUAUGUAAAUCUGAUUCUUUUGUUAUUUUGCAUU